CCCGGCUUUUGCCAUUCACCAACCCGCUCUACGCCCUUGGCGCAAGCGAAAAGAGACGGCGGCCGGCGGAAGCGUCACUUCCGGCACGCCGAGCCGGUGCAGAGAAGAAGGGGGCGGGGCGUGCGCACUUUGCGCAGCUUGGAGCUGCCGGGAAGUCGCGCAGUUGGGGCUGUCCUGGACUUGGGGGGCGUCUUGUCCCUCACCCCAGAUUUGGGGCAGGGGGCCAGAGAGGCAGCCGGGGAGUCAGGGGCCCGAGAGAGCAGGGGAGGGUUAAGGGAACCAGAUCCUGGACGGGCUCCGCGUUGCUGCCCUUCUCCACGCCCUGCGAGGGGGUCCAGAGAGGAAGCUAUCCGCCCCUUGCCUGUCUCCCCGCCGGGAUCUCUCAUGGAACGGGCAGGCAUCCUUUGAUUCUGCUGCUGGAGGGGCCAGCCCCCCACCGCCCCAAAGGAUGUAACACGCCCUUCCUGCAGGGGCAGCUGCUCUGGCCAAGAGAGGGGGCGGCGGCGGUGGUGCAACCCCCCUCUCCCUGCAGUCUGGGAGACGAUGGCUUCCUAGCUGGGCGAAGAUGGAGAAGGCCGUGGGCAACCUCAGCUCCAUCGUGCCGGCCUCGCGGCUCACGCCGGCCUUCCCCCCCGCCGUCAAGGUGGGCCUGACGACGCUCUACACGGCCCUGUACGCCUUGCUUUUCUUCUCGGUCUACGCCCAGCUCUGGCUGGUGCUCCUUUACCGCCACAAAAAGUUCAGCUACCAGACGGUCUUCCUCUUCCUCUGCCUCUUCUGGGCCGCCCUACGCACCACCCUCUUCUCCUUCUACUUCAGGAACACCCUCAAGGCCAACCACUUGCAUCCCUUCUUCUUUUGGCUGCUGUAUUGCUGUCCUGUCUGCCUCCAGUUCUUCACCUUGACCCUCAUGAAUCUCUAUUUCGCUCAGGUGGUUUUCAAGGCCAAAGCAAAAUAUCGUCCCGAAUUGAUCAAAGGCCUGUUGAUGGUGAGAGGGGCAUGCUUUGGGGCCAGCGUCCUCUUCCUGGCGGUGAACGUGGCGUGCGCCGUGCUGGUGCGGGCACGCCAGGCCGAGCCCUGGGCCGUGGUCCUUGCUCGCGUUCUCAUCAGCGACUCGCUCUUUGUUCUUGGGGCCGUCUCUCUGGCCCUCUGCCUGUACCUCGUGGCUCGCGGGUCCCCCUCGACACGCAUCUACCUGGAAGCCAAGGGCACCACGCUGUGCCAGACGGCGGCCAUGGGGGGCACCAUAGUUUUGCUCUACGCCAGCCGAGCUUGCUACAACCUGGCUGCCCUGGCACUCUCCUCCCGCACCCGGCUCGACUCCUUUGAUUACGACUGGUACGACGUUUCCGAUCAGGCAGAUCUAAUAACCGAUCUCGGUGAUCAAGGUUACAUCGUCUUUGGCCUCAUUCUCUUUGUUUGGGAGUUACUGCCCACGACGUUGCUGGUUGGCUUUUUCCGAGUCCAUAGGCCGGCUCAGGAUAUGAGUGCAAGCCGUGUCUUCAAUCGGCAGCUUGGUGUCUCCCGUUCUUACUUCUUUGACUACCCUGGGCAGCGUGAAAAUGAAGGACUGACUAGCAGCCUGACUGGACGACCCGGCAGUGGGAUCUAUUACGGCUCGAUCAAUCGCAGCGGGGAGCAAGACUGGUUCGGGGGCCACCCUCCCACCGCCCCCCUUCUGUUCUCGCAGGCUGCAGUUUCCGGUGGCCAUCACCACAGCCUUUACUCCACCCCGCAGAACUGAGAAAUUUAAAGGUGGUCUGGGGACAGGAAGAAGGCCACCCCCUAGCAAUGGAUGAAGGUUUCCUGCGUGUGUAGGGGGGGGGCGGCUGGCAUGUGGACAGGGUAUUAGAGCCACUACCCCCCCCCCCCACCUCCAUCCCCUUCCCUGAACUUGAGCCCAAGAAACUCAGCUCCGUCCUUUAGCCCUGGAGCUUGCCGGCAAUUUUGCUGGAAUCUCAACGCUUGAUCCUUCCCCUUGGAAAAUUCCCCAGAUAUUUAACCAAUAGCAUACUGAGAACACUAGCACUUUAAAUGACUGGUGGGGGGGCGCGUUUUAUCUUUGAUGUUGUUGUUUCAAUGAAUCCUGUGAAAUGGGUAGAGGGGCAUUCUCGUUUCUCCCUCUUUCCCCCUCCCCACGAGCCGGUAGCCGUCGUCAUCCGGAAUAAGCUUCUGCUCCUCUGCUAGACACUUUGCAGUUUUUGGUGCUAUCCGAGCGCUUGCCCCUCCCAAUAAAUGGAUUUUGUGUU